AUGAAGGCUCUCUUGGCAUUCGAAGUGUUUCUCUGUUUAACGCUGUGCUCCGCUCGAACGGCGCGUGACCAACAGCAGGCGCCCAGCGGCUACGACAAAUAUGAGCGGCCCGCGGCAAGUAUCGAAGUCGGAGUGGGAAUCAGCGUCAGGAACCUCGAGUACGUGUCUACGGUCGAUCGCAAGUACAAAUGCCAACUGCUGGUUCGAACGACGUGGAUCGAUGAGCGCUUGGCUCACACAUCGAAGGAGGAGUAUCUGAGUUAUCCGGUUGAUCAGGUCUGGAUACCCGAUGUGAUCUUCGAGAACGAGCUAAAUCCAUCCCAGCUCCGAGGAGCGCUCAGGGACGACUCGAAAAUCCGGGUGGGACGUUCCGGGAUGGUCCAUUUGAAUCAACGAGUUAGCGCCGAAUUCGCAUGUCCGAUGGACUUGCAGAACUUCCCAUACGACAUUCAAAAAUGCCCCCUGAUCAUAACGUCGUGGACCGCCUCGCUCCCGCAGCUACAGCUCAUGUGGAACCCCCAGCCUGUCGUGGUAUAUAAACACGCUUUCAGCGUCAGUGAUUUCGCCUUGCGGAGCUUCGAAACGGAAAAUUGUACGUCGACGACCCCCAUCGGUGUAUACAGCUGCCUCCAAGUGAACUUGACCCUGAAACGUAUGAUCACACCGUAUGUGAUCCGACUUUACGCUCCGAUGAUCGUUUGUGUGGUCGUGGCGAGUUUGUCCUUCUGGAUCCAGUGCUCUCCGGUCAGAAUCGUCGUGCUUAUGAUCGAUCUGCUCGGGGCAGCUGCCAUAGAGCAAGUCGCCGCCCACACUUCGACGUUUGGGGACUAUACGACGUACAUCGACAUAUUCAGCGGCGUAUCCAUCGCAUUCGUGCUCUUAUCGUUGCUCGAAUUUGUCGUGGUGCAAAGUAUUUUCAAGCGUGAACUGAUGAGCGAGAAGCUCCACUCGAUGAUGAAUGACAUCCGAAGCAACGGUCUCGACAUCACUUGUAGGAUUAUCAUGCCACUACUCUACGCUUUCUUCGUGACCGCAUACUUCGCAGUGGCCUUCUUUCUACUGGACGAUGAAUAUCCCCCGUCAUAG